AUGGAGGACGUCAAGUUCGUCCGUUCCCAUUCCAACUCGCCGCUGCCUGAGGCUGGCAACGAGCCAGAGGACCCCCUUGCACCCGAAGUCGACGAGGAGAAUGGCGUAAACCCGCCUCUCGGCGCUCCCGAUCAGGAUAUGGAAGUCACAGAGUCAAAGGACGAGAUGCCCGACCCAGACGAUGUUCAGGAGGGCGGGCUUUCAGACAACGAGUCUGUACUGAGUGAGCUGGACGACCAGCAGUUUGAGGAUUUCGAUGAGGGCAACAUUGCUAUCGAGGAGCGUCCGGCGCAAGUCAUUGAUGGCGAGAACAUGAACCUGAUCGGUGUACACAAGAGGAAGCGAGCAGAGGGCGAGGGCGAUGCGCCCAAGAAGAAGAAGAAGCGCGCCGACAAACCGCGGCGAAAGAAGCGCGACGACGAGGUCAGCGGCGGGGACGAGGCGUCUGGCUCACGGAAAGUCCGGUCAAGGAAGAAGGCCAGGGCAGCUGAGCCGGAUGAGGAUGACGAGAACCUUACUCCCGAAGAGCGACGGCAACGUGCUCUUGACGACCAGAUCAAGGCCCUUAUGAAGCCGUCGGGAGGUUCGCGCAGGCGUAAGAAGGAUGGAAUCGAUCUAGAGGGAAUGGCCGAUGCCGAGAUUGAGGACAUGCGCCGACGCAUGGCCUCAGCAGCAGAAGCAGACAACGAAGGUCGAAAGCGGGGCGAGCCUGCUAGGCACAAACUUAAACUUCUGCCCGAAGUCGUCACUAUGUUGAACAAGAACAGCAUCAAGGACUCGAUUGUCGAUCCCGAAACCAAUCUCCUGGAAGCCGUGCGCUUCUUCCUCGAGCCACUUAGCGAUGGCAGUCUUCCCGCGUACGACAUCCAAAAGGAGCUCUUCGCUGCGUUGGAGAAGCUUCCCGUCACCAAGGACAGUCUUGUCGCGUCCGGAAUUGGCAAAGUCAUCAUGUUCUACUGCAAGAGCAAGCGCCCCGAGUUGAUGAUUAGGCGGCAGGCUGAGCGCUUGUACACUGACUGGACCCGCCCUAUCUUGAAGCGCACCGACGAUUACCGCAAGAAGGAAUUCGCCCAGGCUGACUAUGACCCGACAAAUGUCCAAACACGCGCCACCGAUCCGCAAGCCAGCCAGGCUGCGGCAAAAGCCGCUGCUCGCAAACAGGCUCUCGCACCUCCCACUACAUACAUGCGUGCUCGUCCUGAAGCCGGCCCGACCACUUACACAAUCGUGCCGAGGAGCAACGUCGUGUUCAAUGAGAACAACAAGGGCCGCUCGGGCGAUGUCGAUAUCAUGCGCAAGAUACGGAGCAAUCGCGGUGGUGGACGUCGUUAA